AGAAGACUAACACUCGGCUCCUCUUCUCUUCCUGAGACUAUAAUAUAUAUGGUGUUAUCUACAAGCCGCUCUUUUGAAACCACCCAUUCUUAAACACACAAGCUUUCUUCUUCUUCUUCCUCCGCUCUCAAAUUUUCGAAUUCAAAAGAACCCAGAAAAAAAAAAAAAAAAAAAAAAAAACUAAAGAUGCCGACGCUGAACCUGUUCACGAAUGUUCCAGUGGAUGCAGUGAUAGCCUCUGACAUUCUCAAGGACGCCACCAAAGCCGUCGCCAAAAUCAUCGGCAAACCCGAGUCCUAUGUGAUGAUUUUGCUCAAUGGGAGCGUGCCGAUUGCGUUUGCCGGCACGGAAGAGCCCGCCGCGUAUGGGGAGUUGAUCUCCAUUGGGGGUAUUGGACCCAGUGUUAAUGGGAAGCUGAGUUCAACUAUUGCGGAGAUUCUGGAGACCAAGCUUUCCAUAGAUAGCUCCCGCUUCUACAUCAAAUUUUAUGACGUUCAGCGGCCAUUUUUUGGCUUUAACGGCUCAACAUUCUGAUCACGACGGUCUUGGGGGACUAUUCAUUACAUUUUGAAGACUGGUUGGCCAAUGGCUUAUUCUUACCCUCAGCAUCUCUCUAGAUAGAACUCUUAUGUCUACUCUUGGAUGUGGUUAUUUGACAGUUAUUUUUAUCAGAAAGAGUUCAUCUCAGCUUCAUUA